AUGUCAACAACCACUGGGUCCGACCUGGGGGGUGCCGAAGUCAUAGAGAUUGACUGUGUUUCUGCUCAGAAGAAGGGUGGAAGGCCAGUUGACGACGUUUUGAAACAUUUUGAUAGAGGUACUUACGACAAAAGCAAGAAUUGCUAUGCCACCUGCAAGGGCUGCCGUCGCCACUGGAAACGGGCGCGCCUUCCUGAAAUCCGGUUACACCUUGCCAAGGAGUGCACUGCCAUUGCGCCUGAGGUCAGCGCGUUUUACAAGGCCUUGUUAGCUAAGGAUGCAGCUGCAUCCUCUUCUGAGGUCGUCACGGCCAAGCGGGCCUGCUCAGGCCUGGGGUCUCAGGGUUCAAAGAGAGGCGGGCUGCUUUAA